GCCGGGACCGGCAGAAAGGAGCCUGAAGCGAGGAGUGGAGGAACAACAUCGGAAAGGGGCUAGGAGUUUUAACAUCCUAACACACCAUAUCCCAUCAUGGUGGUGGUUAACAUCACGGCCGACUCCCAGGAGAAACAGCCGGAGGGGCAGGUCAAGCAGGCUAAACCGUUUCUAGCCCUCAAAGUAACAGGAACUGUAAAAUGGUUCAAUGUUAAGAGUGGCUACGGUUUCAUAAACAGAAAAGAUACCGGUGAAGACGUAUUUGUACAUCAGUCUGCUAUUGUAAAGAACAACCCAAAAAAAGCUGUGAGAUCGGUCGGGGACGGGGAAACAGUCGAAUUCGACGUUGUUGCUGGUGAAAAGGGGAACGAGGCUGCUAACGUUACAGGCCCUGGAGGUGAGGCGGUCAAAGGAAGUCCCUAUGCAGCUGACAAACGCCGAGGCUACCGCCAGUGGUUCUUCAGGGGCCGUGGCGGUGGCAGGAGACCCCCCGCCCAGCCCACCACAGAUGGUAAUGAAGAAGAAGGGACAGUAAACAGAGAUGAUGCCAAACCUAGAAGAUACAGAAACAGAAGGUUUAUGGGCUCAUCCUAUCCCAGAAGGCAACAGAGUGGUGAUAAAAAUGGUGGAGAUAAAUCUGGAGGAGAAGGUGGUGAUGAUGCCGUUGGUGGAGGCGAUGAAAGAGGCGAUGUUCCUCGUGGAAGAGGAAGGGGAAGAAGGUUUAGAUUUCCAUACAGGGGAGGUAGAGGUGGAAAAGGAAGAUCACUUUCGCGCCCCCCUCAGGAUGGUGAGGGUAAAGAAGGACAAGGAGAAAUAGGUGGAAACAGUGGGGGCCCACCAGCUGUGAGAGGCAGCCGUGGUGGCAGGGGCAGGCCUAGGUACAGGAGACCUAGCAGGCAGGACAAGGGGAUUAAGCCGGAGCCUGGUGAGAUCAAACUAGAAACUGCUGAGGCAGCCCCUCCACCUCAGGAGACAACACAGGCAGUGCAUAAUACUGUGGAUGAGAGUACAGCCUGAACUUCAAAAGAACUAUGAUUUUUCUUCAUUUUUUUUUUUUAAAUUCAUAUUUAUUUUUCACAAUUACUCAGUUAAUAAUUUACCACCGAAAAUACGGAGUUUUUUUUUUUUUUUUAGCCCCUCGAGGUAUUUUAUUUUUUUAAUUUCUCAUUGUUGGAGAAAGAGAGUGGAUGUGAGAAAGUUAUCUUAAAUGAACUUCCAUUUUGGCUCCAUGUUUGGCAUUUUCUUUUUGUAUUUAAUUUAUUUCUUUUUUUUUUUUUUUUUUUUUUUGUUGCAUUCAUUAGAUUUUAGUUUGUAAAGAUUUCUUGUCGUGACUUAGUCUUUGCAAGGCUGUUGAAGGAUCUCUUUUGUAAUUAGGUCAUAAAGAAUGGGGCUGAAAAAGAUAUAAUUUUUAUUUAUUGGUUUUUUAAUGUUGCUGUUUAAUUUAUACACCAUUCAUGAAUUCUUUUAAGAAACCAUUUGGUAGUAAAAAUCAUAUUUGAAUUUAAUACUGAUUUUAUUUUUUGUCUCGAUCCUCGUUGUUGAUGUUGUUUGCUUUCAUUUCUAUAGUCAUUGACAUAAUUUUCAAUUUCCUUUUAACAUUUUAAAAAAAUGGUACAAGUAAAAUAUGUUUUCAUUUAUAUAUUGCUUACAGCUUUAGAAUAAUAGUUGUUAUUGCCUGCCUGGACAUUUGAUUUCAAUUCCUGAAAUCACAUUUUUCUCCAUUUAGCCAUUAAUUAAUGAUAUUUAUAGUCGUUUUUUGUGCAUGCUUAGUUAUAUUCUAUUCCACUUAAAAACAUUUAUUUUGUUCUACGAUUUUUAUUCAAUCCAAUUGAUAAAUUACUUUAAAUUGAUUAAUCUCUUGAGCUCAGCUUAGGUGGUUGCCUUCAAAAAUUUAAGCUUUGUAGGAUGUGUUAUUUUUUUAUUUUUUCUCAUUUUUUUGUCUCAUUGGUAUAUCUUUAAGUGUUUUCAAAAAAAAAAAAAAAAAUUAAAGAUCAAGUAUGUCUGUGGUGGCUUUGUUUUUUAUGAGAUGAGAACAUGUAAAAUCAGGUAUGAAAGAUGUCAAAGAUACUGGAUUUUGAAAGAAUGUGAGAGCUUGUAUUCUUUAAAUUUUUGUUUUAUUUGUUUUUGUUUUCUGAUUUGUUUUAUAUAAUGUAUCUCUUAUCCUAACCAUCGAAAUCACAAAAAUGAUUUUAUAACAUAUAUUCAAACUUGUAUGAAUGAUCACUACCACAUUACUAAAACGGUUUUGAAUUACACAAGAUUUGUUUUCAAAAGUUGAAUGGAUUUUUAAAUAUGAUUCAAGAGUAAAAGUAAAUUUUUAAGAGUUAAAUGUAGAGAAAAAAAAAUCUUUGAAUAUAGGUUUUGUUGCCAAUAAAAUGCAGGUGUUUGUGAGCCCCAUUACGAUCACGACGAAGUUUGUUAAAUGCUGAAGUGACGGUCGUCGAGAUACGUACAAUUUUUGUUUGUAACAUCAUUGUCACUGCCUAAAAAAUAAUGAACUCUAAAAUCAAAUUAAAAGUCCACUUGGUGGGUCCCCCUACCACCUUAGUAUAGGGCUGUAAUCUUGCCCGUAGUUGAAAUAUGAGAAUAUGUAAGAUAAAUCAAAUGUUAGCGGGUGUCCGAACCCCAGGGGAAUGUAUGUAAUCAUCUUUUUUUUAACAUCAGGAAAAAAGGUUGAAAUGAACUGAAGAAAAAAAAAAUUAAACAUAAUGUACAAAAAGUAAACCAAAAUUAAUUUUUCACGUAACAUUUGCAUUUUGAAUAAACAAACCAAAAAAAAUGUAAAAAUUAUGAAUGUGUUUUACUUUUUUAAUGCCCUUUCUGUUUUUCCACUCCUUUUUAAAUGACCUGUUAAAAAAAAUUUUUAAAUACACAUGUAUCUUUGUGUUUUAUCAUCUCACAGUCAUCAUAUAGCAAGUUAAAUUUUUUAAGCAGGUCAUAAUCCUUUUUCUGAAAAAUAAAAAAGCUUAGCUAAGCUUGGUAAAGUUAAUACCUAAUUAAAUGGACUUAAAAUUAGCGAGGAAUGAAAAAUCAUCCUAAAAAAACAAACAAAUAUAAUUCCAAGUUCCAUUGGAACAAAUAUCCAUGAAAGAACAAUAAUCUAAUCAAGAAUACUAAUGUGUUCAUAUUUUAAUAAAUAAAUUGCUCCUUAUUUGUUAGUACAAGUGACCAGGCAAGAAAAGUUUUUCUCUCUUUAAUGUGAUAAAUAAUAUUAAAGUAAUUCCUGUAUCUUCGAAAAAAUAAUGUGUAUUUUUUGUGAAAUUGUACCAACUAAAACAUUAAAUCUCAGCUUUAUUCACAUGUGGAUGAGAAGUUCUGAUUUAAUAGUAUCUUUAUACUUAAUAAAUAUACUAUUAUAGAUUAACAAAGUUUAUGGUAAUAUUUUUAAUUAGUUGAGAUUCUCAUAGAGCAUCCACUUCUUUAAGUUUAAGAAAUUGAAAAAAUGAGUGUUUAAGCAUACUUAGCCUACCUCUCGAGAUUAAAUAAACAAAAAUGGUGUAUGAUUUGUGGAAACUAGCUAAACCUAACACAUAAGUUUGACCCAACAACUAUCAAUUUAUAAAAACAGUGUUCUUACUAUGUGAGCUACAGUGGUUUUGGCUAAGUAAAAUACAUGGAAAUGUCAUUAUCAUGCUCAAAUGGGUGUAGCUUUUUAGAUUUUUUAUUUUUGUACUGUAAUUUUUUAUCAAUUUAGACUUAAUAUAGUAAGGUCAUUACUAUUUGCAGAUUUUUAUAAAAAUAACUACCUAUAAUUAUUUUUAUGAAAUUGUAAAUAAAAAAUAUGUUUAAUGGAAUGGCUAUUGAUUUCCUAAAUAAAUAGGCUUCCGUCGAUAACCCUAGUACAUACAGGUUACCAUAACUUUAUUUAUUUUUUACCCCCAUAUCUUAAAAAAAAAAAAAAGGUUAAAAUUUAAGUUGAUUGUAAUGAAAAUUUUAAAUUUCCAACAAUAUUAGGAAUUUAAGAUUAUUGACCAAGCAUUGGUUGGUAGUUAUUUAAAAUAAAAAUUCUCGAUUCCGGCUCUUAGUUCUCUGUGACCAAAUUAAAUUACUUAAUAUUCUAUGUUAGUAUUCUCUAGACCAUUAAAUAAUUGUCUUAAGUUUUACUGAUUUAUUCUGCAUCGUUUGUCGAGUUGCAGCACGCAGAGGUAAUGGAUUUUUUUGGCUUACUACAGUAUAUUUUGUUAAAUCUUCAUUUAAUUCUAGGUCUAUUUGUUCUGCUUCUCUUAAGCUUUACAGCAUCACCUACCAUAAACUAGUUCUAUAACUCUAUAUAAGCCUUCAUCAACUACACCAGUUGUCACAUGUAUCUUGCUAACUUUAAAUUAAGAAUUGAUCAUCUUUAUACAGCUCUAAAUCGCUCGCAAAGUUAGAUAUAAUUGAUUGAUCCUAUGGAAUUAAGUAUUUUUCUUAAUUUUAUUAUCCCCUACUGAAUAAAUUCACUUUUCUGAUAAAGCCGCUAAUGGUUUGGUGCUUUUUUGUUUCUCAAGUAAGGGUAUAGACACGUGAUAAAGUGAAAAAUUGACUUACUAACUUAGUUCUCUCUAUUCUUCUUUAACCACAUGAUUCCAUUUUGUAGCCAAAAUAAUUAGGAAUUCCUAUAAUAUUAAUGUUAAUUUUAUUUUCAAAAUCAUUUAAUCUUAGUAUCAGAAAGAGUAAUAAAAUAUAAAUUUUCAUAGUUUGUUUAAAAAUAUUUUUAAUAAUAAGUUGAGAUGAAAUGAUUAGAUAUAUUAGUUAUCAAGAAUAAAUCCAAUGUGAGUAUUUGACACAAAACUUUUUUUGUUAAAUUAAGAAAAGUUUAUUAUUGCUUACAAAUAUUAUUAAAUCUUGGAAGGAUAGAUAGCUAAAGAGGCAGAAUAACAAUUUACAAAAGUAUUAGGUUAAGAGGGUCAGAGAAGUGGAUUCUGUAUUACAGCAGUCUAUUAGAACAUAUAAUUUUAAUAGAUGGUUUGUCAUUUUUAGAACAAAUAAUAAAAAAAUGUACAAAAUAAAAUAUUUAUGUUUAUUUAAUAAUCUUAAUAUCUAUAUAAAUAAAAUAAAGAUUUUGUCCGUACAUUGAAUAUAAUCAACCCGUUAUAUAUCUUUCCGUUUCAUACAUUGCAGACACCAAAUCCAUAUUUAAAAAUUUUUUUUGUCUGUAUGUCAGCAUUGAAACGAAAUUUUGUCAGGGGGAAGCUCAGCAAUGGCUUAUUGUAGACUUUGUAAAUUUUAACAUUACAUUAAGGUUUGCUUGACUUAAAACAUAGGCUUUAGAUGAAAACAAAAUAUUGAGUAUAACCAAAGUUAUGAAUUCUUGAGUAAUUUAUCUAGAGAUCUCAGUUAAUGUUAAUAAUUAACAUAUGUUUAUAGGUUAAAGAACAUCUAUAUAAAUAAAAUAAAGAUUUUGCCCCGCCAUAAAAAAAAUUCAAAACAACCACCAUCCUCCCUCUCAAUUUUAUGAAAUUGAAUUUGUACCCUCCUCCCCCUAAAAUACAAAAUUCAUCUAUAAAAGAUAUUCUCAAAUUUUAACUAUGUACCCGUCAACGAUGGGUACUACAUCAGCUAGUAGUAAAUAAAAUAUAUACAAAAUUCUCUUCAAUAUCUAUAAAAUAAUAAAUAUUAAUUAACUUAUUUUAAAAAUAAUCAUUUAGAGACCUUUUCUUGUUUUAUAUACAUAUUGCGUAUUUUAUUGAAUUACUGAGUUAAAGUAAAAAACUAGACCAGUCAGGACACAAUGGCUAAUGUUAGACUAAAUGUAAAAUAGUGUAGAGAUGGUUGACCAUGAUUAUAAUAUGAGAAGCAGAUGAUGAAGGAGUGAAUGAAGACCUACAAAGUGAGUAGAAAUGUCGUAAACAAUAAAAUACUAUUUUAACAAAUAGUAUUUAUUAGACCUCACCCUCUGACCAACUCCUCAUAAAUGUAAAAUAGCUAUUGAAAGUAUUUAUAAAAGUAGUUAGAUCCUAAGAAGUCCCGUGCUUUGCCAAUUUAUCACCAACCUGGAAAGUGAGGUUAAGUCACUGGCACCAUGUUAAAGCAAUAAAUGUAAAUCUGCCCAGUUUUCUAUUUUGGUUAUUUGUUACUACCACAAGUACAGACCUAACAAAGCCAGAAAUUGCAUUACUGAUUCUGGUCGCCGAUCAGAUUCUACAUUUUGCCAUAAGGUGGACCUUAUGGAAUACAUGAAGACAAACGAAAUUGAAAAUUUGAUGAUUCACAUUCAUUACAUUAUUAACAUGGUGCUGAUCAAACUGACAUACAAGAAGCUAGAAAAAUAUGGAAAAAGAAUAGCGAACGGCUUUAUUAGAGAAAGAAAAUACCAUAACUGAGGAUAAGUAGUGCCUAAAAGUGAACAUUUCUUAACAAAUGAUUUCAAAAUGUAUUUGUGCUAAUACACAAGAGUGUAAACUGAUAUCAAGAUUUCCUAGGAUUUGUGCUCAUAGGCGACUUGAGUUCUUUUAAUGUUAUUAGAACACCUUAUUGUUGAUAGCUUUUUCAACAAUAAUUUCAUUCAGUCACAUACAAGGAGGUUGUUUUGAAAACAUUUCAUCAAUCUCCCUUGCAUUGCAAGAUGACAAUUAAUCUUAAGUGCCCAAUGCCAACUAUCCCUAACUACCAAAGAUAUACUGCUACCUUUGACAAAUCGUUCCUGAAAUUCCUUUUUUUAUUAUGCAUACAAUAAUAUAGUAAAGUGGGUUGAGAUAAAUCUUCAAACAAUUUUUCACGACCUCAUAAUAUUCCUCUAAUUUAAAACACUUAUCGGCUCGAGUCCAAGUAAGCCUAAGUUACUAACUGUACCUGGAAGAAAGACAAACAUGAAGAAAUAAUCUCCGAUUAUAACGAAUGAUAUGAUAGUUAUACUAAUGCGAAGAUGAUGAUGGAAACUUAAUUACCAUAGGAAGAUGAUUUGAAUUUUAUGCGGGAUAAUUUUGAUGACACAUAGAGAGCAGCUGAGUAAAUAAAAAGAAAGAUAAAUAAGUUAAUCCAAGAUAAGUGCUUUAAGUUUUCUCUUUUAAUUUAUCUAACAAUACAAUCUGCCAAGCCCAAGGAAAAUAAGUAUUAGAUACAAAAAUUAGAAACUUUACUUUCAGGGGAAUUUCAAAUAUCUAGGCUCACUCCAUUGAAACUUUUUGCUAACAAUAUUAAAGAAGAUAUUUAGAUUUGAAUGCCAAAAAAAAAAUGUAGCAGAAUAUUUGAUCCUAAAUCAAUGUAUUUAAAGGACAAGUAGCUGUCUAGUGGAACUAAAUAAAACUGUUAAUAUCGUAAAAAUAGCAAAGGUUAGCUAGCCAACUUUAUCAUUACAACAGAAGACGAUCAGAUUCCAAGGAACUUCCUGUGUGAAGAGACUAAAGUAGAAACUUUAAAACUAAUAGCCUGAUGACACCUCAAGAGAUAAAGGUUAAGCUUCAUUCAUGAUGAAGAACAAGUUGGAUAAUUGGAUUCUUAACACGUUAGCUGCGGCUACGGUUCCGGAGUUCCGAUAUUCGGCUGGAAUUGUUUCGAAUUUUGCCUAUCUUACAAAGUCUCUAAAAUGGUAAUUUAUAAAAACAUUUUAAUGGGAGUUGGAUAGGUGUAAACGAAAAUAAUCAUUAUAUAUGAUAUAGAGCUAUCGAACGCCGGGGACUGUGACCGCAGCUAACAUGUUAAACUAGAGUGAUGUACCUUCUGCUCAAUAUAAAUUUUCUAAGGAUAAAUUUCUGGUUUGACAUAUUUUAAAUCGACUGCCAAUUAAUAAUGGUUGUGUUAGAUUCAUUGCUUAGCAAUCAAGGUGUGUCUUGUAAUAGUUGACCUAAUCAUCCAGCAACAGAUAGGCUUAUCUUCAGCUGGUGGCUUACCUUCUCUUUACAAUUCAAAAUUAAAACAUAGAAUUACAACAGUUGAUAUAUUAACAAUAUAAUUAGGUGAUAACAGUAAAAAUAUUAUUAAUAAAUUAGUCUAACAAACAUAAUUUCAUAAAAAUCUAUAAAAUAUUAUAACUUUACAUUAAUGAAAUUUAUUUAUUAGUUCAUAGAAGUUCAUUGAUUAUUUCAAACUCUCUUAUAAAGUAUUGGAGUAUCUAAUCAGACUUAAAUUAACAUUAUGUAACAAGGAGAAUAGUAUAAAAUUUCAGUCAUUAAAAAAUAUCACAUACAUAUAGCAGUAUCAGUCUGUUAAAACAUAACAGCUGAUAAUUUUACUAAGAUUCAUUGGUAAAACUGUAAUUGUCAGUGAUAUGUUUGCUGUUGCAUGAAGGCACCCAUCUUUUGUCGCUGGUUUUUUGCCUUGGGAGGUUCAGCUCUCGGAGGGCAGCCUUGGCCCGCUCUUUGACUAACCUAGCUUGCUGAGUCCCCAGCCUCGAAUUCCGUUUAGACUUUCUUUUUUUACCUCUACUUGUAGAGUCCUCUGCAUCAGAAUCAGGUAAUGAACUGGAAGGAACAUGGCUUGGGCAGCAGCC